AUGGGUGAAAUUGGAGAGUACUGGGAAGAGAAUAGAGCGUACAAGAAACGCAAGUUAGAACGCCGGAAAAACAACCCUCCAAAACAGCGCUGCUUCGAUUGGAUGAUUACUAGCGGCAUCAGCUAUUCCAAAAACCGAUCCUCCUUCAAGACAUACCGUCAUAUCAGACCAGUGACACUAGCUUCUGGCACCGGCGCACGUGUUAUCGGCGUUGGAAGUGUGGAGUUAAAGGUUCCAAGAUCUCCAGAUAACCCAGAGGUUAAUACACUCAUACUGGACGUCGUUUUACAUAUCCCUGGUGCCAUUUGCAAUGGAUUUAGCCCCCAGAUGCUUGGGGGCUCUACAUCUUUUGGAGAUCCCCUUCAGGGAUACAACGAUGAUAAACAACCAUCUUACUAUGCUACUACCUUCUGUGGAUUAUGGAGGCUUGUACUCGACGGAAAUCCAGAGGGAGAAACUCAGCUGGCUGAAGCCCGGAGAAAUGGUACUAUGCUAUGGUUAAGCGUAUAUAUUAACGAGGAAGAUGAGGAGCGUAUAUUUGGUAACUAG